AUGUCGCGUCUCAACUACAGCAAGUGGGAUCACAUCGAGGUUUCUGAUGAUGAAGAUGAUACUCAUCCAAAUAUAGACACACCUAGCUUAUUUCGAUGGCGACAUCAAGCACGCCUAGAAAGAGAUGCUGCUUGGAAGAAAGAAAAAGCAGAGUUUGAGAAUAAUUACAAGUCAUUUCUAACUAAAUAUAAUGAGGCACAACAAAAAUUAAAUAAAGCUAAGGAGACUGGUUCAGACAACAUACAGGAAUUACAAAAAAAUUCGAUGAACUCGAAGUGGAAGCUAAAGAAUGAUGCGAAAUCGAAGACGGUUAUUAACUCGCCCAAACUUAAACACGAAGAGAAUUUGGACUCGACAUCAAAUUCCGAAGAGGCUGCAGUAAAUCGUCUAAAAGAAUUUGUUAAUAAGCAUAAUAAAGCUAUACGAAAAUUUGGACUAUUGCAAAAACCAUUAGAUUCACAAAAUUUUCUUGUUAAACAUCCUGAUCUAGUAUGUGAAGAGACAGCUAAUCAGCUUGUAAUUUGGUGUAUUGAUUUGGCUAUGGAAGAGAAAUUCGAACUAAUGGAACAUGUUUCACAUCAGUGUAUAGUGAUGCAAUUUAUGCUUGAAUUAGCAAAAUCGCUAAAAGUUGAUCCAAGAGCGUGUAUUCGACCAUUCUUUGCGAAGUUUAAGAAUCCUGAACCAGAAUAUCAAAAAGCUUUCAAUGAUGAACUUUCUGCAUUCCGAGAAAGAAUCAGAGCUCGAGCAAAAGUUCGUUUAGAAGAAGCUAUGAUGCAAAUUGAAGAGGAAGAAAAGCAAAAACGUCUUGGUCCUGGUGGUCUGGAUCCAGUUGAAGUUUUUGAGUCGUUACCAACGAAUCUUCAAGAGUGUUUUGAGAAAAAAGAUGUUGAGUUAUUAAAAACAGUAUUAUGCAAUAUGGAUCCACAACAAGCUGAAUAUCAUAUGAAAAGAUGUGUUGAUAGUGGAUUAUGGGUGGAUAAUGCACGUGAUCAACAAGAAGAAGAUGGUGAAUCAUCGUCAAAUGUUAACACUGACGGUAAUGAUGAUAUUGCUGCUACAAUUCAAACAAAUAAAGAACCAAUCCAUGAUAACGCCUAA